ACACAAUGAGGCCAACAACUUAAUUUGCAGAAGUGUUUAUGUGCUUCUGCUUCAUCUGCUGCUGUUCACAGUACUUGGAAUCUAAGCAGUACAGGGUCUUUUGCGAUGACAAUAUGACUAAUAGUAAAGGAAGAUCUCUGACCAGUAAAACAAGUGAUGGUUCAGCUAGUGGAGGAAGUUUUGUAGACUGGACUUUAAAUUUAAAUACAAUUCAGUCUGACAAGUUUUUAAACUUACUGUUGAGUAUGGUUCCAGUGAUUUACCAGAAAAAUCAAGAAGAUAGACACAAAAAAGGGAAUGGCCUCUGGCAAGAUGGACUGUCAGCAGCAGCACAGACUUUGAGUAACAGAGCUGAGCAGCACAUGGAGUAUCACAGUUUCUCAGAGCAGUCUUUCCAUGGCAGUAACGGGCACAUACCAUCAGGCUGUAGCCAAAAGUAUGAUGACUAUGCCAACUACAACUACUGUGACGUGCGAGAGGCUUCAGAAACCACUGCCAUGCUACAGGACGGAGACGCGUCCAGCGAUGGCGAUGAGGAUGCCAUUGUGGAAGCCAACCAUAAGUUACCAAAGGAGUCCAGUGGCAUCAUGGCCCUGCAGAUACUUGUGCCGUUUUUGCUAGCUGGCUUUGGGACAGUUUCAGCUGGCAUGGUUUUGGAUGUAGUACAGCAUUGGGAGGUGUUCAAAAAAGUUACAGAAGUCUUCAUUUUAGUUCCUGCACUCCUCGGUCUCAAAGGGAACUUGGAAAUGACAUUGGCAUCCAGAUUAUCCACUGCAGUAAAUAUUGGGAAGAUGGAUUCACCCAUUGAAAAGUGGAAUCUAAUAAUUGGCAACUUGGCUUUAAAGCAGGUGCAGGCCACCGUCGUUGGCUUUCUAGCAGCUGUGGCGGCAAUUAUACUGGGCUGGAUUCCAGAGGGCAAGUAUUACCUGGAUCAUUCCAUCCUUCUGUGCUCCAGCAGUGUGGCAACUGCCUUCAUCGCGUCUCUGCUACAGGGAAUAAUAAUGGUUGGGGUCAUUGUUGGUUCUAAGAAGACUGGCAUCAAUCCCGAUAAUGUUGCCACACCUAUUGCUGCUAGCUUUGGUGACCUGAUAACUCUGGCCAUUUUAGCUUGGAUAAGUCAGGGUUUGUACUCCUGUCUCGAGAACUAUUACUUCGUUUCUCCGUUAGUUGGUGUGUUUUUCUUAGCGCUCACUCCUAUCUGGAUUAUAAUAGCUGCCAAGCAUCCAGCCACAAGGACAGUUCUCCAUUCAGGCUGGGAGCCUGUCAUCACGGCGAUGGUUAUCAGCAGCAUUGGGGGCCUUAUUCUGGAUACAACUGUAUCUGAUCCAAACUUGGUUGGAAUUGUUGUUUACACACCUGUUAUUAAUGGUAUUGGUGGCAAUUUGGUGGCCAUUCAGGCUAGCAGGAUUUCAACCUACCUGCAUUUACAUAGCAUUCCAGGAGAAUUGCCUGAUGAACCCAAAGGUUGUUACUACCCAUUCAGAACGUUUUUUGGUCCAGGAGUAAAUAAUAAGUCUGCCCAAGUUCUACUGCUUUUGGUAAUUCCUGGACAUUUAAUAUUCCUCUAUACUAUUCAUUUGAUGAAAAGUGGCCAUACUUCUUUGACUGUAAUCUUCGUAGUCGUGUACUUAUUUGCUGCUGUGUUACAGGUGUUCACCUUGCUGUGGAUCGCCGACUGGAUGGUCCACCACUUCUGGAGGAAAGGAAAGGACCCCGAUAGCUUCUCCAUCCCGUAUCUGACAGCGCUGGGGGAUCUGCUUGGGACAGCCUUGCUGGCCUUAAGUUUUCAUUUUCUUUGGCUUAUUGGAGAUCGAGAUGGAGAUGUGGGAGACUAAUAAAUCCUACAAAUGGCUCUCAGAUUGCGAAGGAGGAAAACACAAAACAACCACUUCUGGCUCUUUUUCAAACCUCUUAAAUCAGUACCUUGAUUUCUGCCAGGGAGGGCUUCAGUUGGCCCUGAGAUUCAAUUAAAUGGCCUUAAGGAAUUUGUGUUAAAAACAGACUGAAUAGUAUUUGUGGUACUUUUGGUAGAAUAGAUGAUCAUUUGACAUAGAUAUAAAAACAAGCUCCAACUUUGAAAUUAAACAGGAAAGAUUUAGAAUGCUGACAAUGAAUAAUUUUGAAACCACAUAUAUAGCAGAAAUAGAUUUGCUUAUUGUUGAAUUGACAAUGCAAGUUUAGAGGAACUAUCUCUGAGUGACUCACAAAUGUAUGUUGCUGUAAAUACCAGACAAGAUUUCUGGUAUUUUUAAUUAUGCCUACUUCUGCACUCCCUGAGAAUAAAUUCACCAUUAUUUGUUCCUAAACUGAUCUAAAUAAUCCUGACGAGCACAAGAUUAACUCACUUUUGCCUGUGUCUAACAUUACCCUGUGCCAAUGCUAACUUAAUUUCAAUUCUGCAAAGUUCUUGGUAGGCUACCCUUUACUUAAGCAUAAAACAAUCUUGAAAUAGCUUAAAUAGAAAUCAGUGAACCACUUUUUAAUUAUUGAUUUGUUGAAGAAGGUGGAUAUUUUUCAAACAACCUUGAUAGUCAAAAGCAGGAGA